AUGUCUAAUCGUCGAUUAAUAAAUAAAGAAAAUGAAGAUCGUUUAUCAUUAUUUGGUAAACGUCUUCAAUCAUUAAGUGAAUCAUUUUAUUCAACAAUUCUUGAAGAAUCACCUGAGAAAAAAAUUCAAAUAAAAAAUGCUAAACAAUUUGAAGAAUUAGAAAGAUCAAAAAAUGAAGAUUUUACAUUUGAUCAAUGUUCAACUAGUCGAAUAACAUCAAAUGAUGAUUUCAGUUUUACUUUUCAGUCAAAUGAUCAAACAAUAACAGAACAAUUCGAUAAAUAUCAAAAAAGAGAAAUAAAUCGUUCAUCAACUCCAUAUUCAAUUCGUCAAGAUAAUUAUAUUAAAAAAAUUGAAGAUGAAACAAUAGUUGUUGAAGAAAAUCAUCAAAAUCAAGCUAUUAUUGUUGGUUAUUAUCCAGUUAUUAGUUAUCAACCAAUUUGUUUUCCACCAACAAUUUAUUUAUCAACGCAACAAAUUGAAAAACAAUUAAAUAAUUAUUCAACAUUAAAUAAAGGAACAUCGAUUAAAAAAAAUUAA